AAUGACGUAGGGCUUACCUGCAAUAAAAAACGAAACAAAAUACGCAUUAAAAAAAGCUUUAAUCAUGGCCCAAAGCGAUGCUGGCAAUGGAAACCUGAUGGACGAGUUCGAGGAAGCCUUCCAGUCCUGCCUGCUAUCCCUGACCAAGCAGGAACCUAACUCGGGGACCAACAAAGAGGAGAUUGAACUGGAGGUACAGAAGACGACGAAUCGCUUCAUCGAUGUGGCCCGCCAAAUGGAGGCAUUCUUCCUACAGAAACGCUUCCUCGUGUCCACUCUAAAGCCCUACAUGCUGAUCAAGGACGAGAACCAGGAUCUCAGCAUUGAGAUCCAACGCAAGGAGGCCCUGCUGCAGAAGCACUACAAUCGCCUGGAGGAAUGGAAGGCCUGCCUCUCCGACAUCCAACAGGGCGUCCACAAUCGUCCCACGCCGCCCAUCAACCCGGGCAUGCUGCAGGGCGGCCCCUCUGGCAUGCAACAACCCAUGGGUGGUGUGCCACCACGUCCUGGCCUGAUGCCGGGCAUGCCACCCGUCGGUCCCAUGCCACCCGGACAACAGCAUAUGCUGCAGGCACAGCAAAUGCAGCAGCUACGCAUGAUGGGCAAGCUGCCACCCAAGUGAGCAGAGGGCUGAAGGGGUUGCUGAAGGUGGGGUUUUAGUUUGUAAUUUAAAUAGUUCAAUAAACACAACACAAAAAGAAA